UCCCCAUUUUUUUUCUGCAUCCUCUUCUUCGACACCAUCUCCAGCACGAUGAAUUCGACCCUCUCUUCCUCGCCCGCGUCCAGUUUCGCUAAACCUCCUUCCUUCGCGCUCCUCAGUCGACCUCUUCUUCUUCUUCCUCCUCCUCCUCCUUCGAUCGUUCGCUUCCCAGCUCCGAAGCCCCUGGCAGGUCCCUCUCCCCGUCGAAACACCAUCGUGGCUCGCUCCGUCGCCGACCCCGGCAAUCCCCCGAGGAACCCAUUUCUCCAAAAGCUCCGAAGCUGCGCCGGAGCCGCCGUCCUCGUCGGCGCCGCCGUUUCCUUCGUCUUCAGCGCCGAGAAGUCCGCGGCGAGAGCCGAGCCUCCUCCGGCGGCUGUUGAGGCGGAGCGAUCUCCCAGCCUUGAAGAGACCCGAGAGCAAGCCCCGGAAGGCCGGGAGCCCCAGCCCUCGCCGUUGGCGGAGCUCCUCGAAUCGGACCCGGAGUCGGUCGACGCGAUGAGGAAGCUUUUGCAGCAGAAGCUCGAGAGCGGAGCGGACCAAGAGGCUCUCGGGAUAUUGCGGCGUUUGGUUGCCGCUCAGCCUGAGGUCACGGAAUGGAAGUUCUUGCUGGCGAGGUUGUUGGGUGAGAUUGGAGACACCGAGAAUGCCCGCAACGUGUUCGAGGAAAUUCUCGCGGCGAACCCGCUGUCAUUCGAGGCCUUAUUUGAGAACGCUCUGUUGAUGGACCGGUGCGGAGAGGGAGAGGCGGUCAUUAAGCGGCUGGAGGAGGCGCUGAGGAUCGCGGAGGAGGAGAACAAGGCAAAGGAGGCGAGGGACGUGAGGUUGAUAAUGGCGCAGAUACAGUUCCUGCAGAAGAACGUGGAAGGGGCUUUGAAGAGUUAUCAGGACUUGGCUAAGGAGGAUCCUACUGACUUUAGGCCCUAUUUUUGUCAGGGGAUGAUAUACAGCUUGCUUGAUAAGAAUGCAGAGGCGAGGGAGCAGUUCGCCAAGUACCGCGAACUCUCGCCGAAAAAGUUUGAGGUCGAGGGUUAUCUGAGGACACCACUAUCGCGGAUGAAGCUGUUCGGGACAGAUGAGGCUAAUUGAGUUUCGGCGUCUGGUAUUCUUAGCUCUUUCAUCUUUUCUGAAAUAAGGCAGGUUGGAGAGACGGUUCGUUCUCUUGACACCUAGUUUGGAGCAGGAUUUGGGUAAUCCUCUGGAUUCUUGGCAUAUGGUCAGUUGUAGUUUUUGUUUUCUUGUAAUUGUUUCAGUAGUAAUUCGAAAUGGAGAGGUAACUCUAGAGAACUUAUGAGGCUUUAUAGAGGACAAACAGUGCGGUCAGCGUUGAUUACUCAAUAAAUUAGGCUCUAUUUACACA